UUCUUGCCAUUCGUGAAUUUAUUAACAAAGAAGUUUGUAUUUACAGUGAGCUAAGCUAUUUAAUUGUGCAGCAACUAUUUGCGUUACGUCAAUAGAAUAAAAAUUGAUAUUUUCUUUCUUUUGAGUCAAGUACGAUUGGUCCCGAAUCCCAAUGUGCAACACGGACGUCACCCGAAACGAAAAGAAGGGCGAUGUUAACAAGUUAGACAGCUGUCGUUUCGUUUUCAGCUGAUUUUUGUGUACGCUUUGAAUACCUAAUAUAGAGUCAAGCGUAUCUGAAAGACGUCCACCUGAGUUGUGUUUUGAGUUAAGUUUAGUUGAAUAAGCGAGAAGGAGACGGAGUGUAGGGGAACAAUCGAGAACUGUUUAGCAGUGAACAAAGGGAGAUGGUCCAUUGAGCGCGGGCGGCGGGUAGCGGGCGUGACGUCACGCCGCGACGAGGCCGAUGCGGCGGGGAUCGUGACCGGAGGCGCGCGUGCACGCGCAGCGGAGCGGGCCAGCCUGGCCUCCAGUGACUCCGGAGACGAGGGCCAACGGCCGCCGCGCAAGCGGUCGCGCAGGCUGUCGCCGGAGCCGACAAUGCACCAGCCGUGCGCGAACGGCGCACAUCUCAAUGGGGACGCCGCUCGCAAUGGCGACCUGGCCCCAGGCCUUCGCAUGCCCACCACAGACCAGGAGAUUGUCCGACUCAUUGGGCAGCAUCUGCUCUCCGUUGGACUUGAACGCAGUGCAGCGCUCCUCAUGGAGGAGUCGGGCCUGCACCUGGAGCACCCGGCAGCGGCCACGUUCCGGCAGCACGUGCUGGCCGGCGACUGGGUGAAGGCGGAUCACGAUCUGCGAGCUCUGCACGACCUGCUGCGAGAUUCGCCGCACCAGGACCCGCAUAACCUUGCUGAAAUGAAGUUUGUAGUACUGGAGCAAAAGUACCUCGAGCAUCUGGAAGCCGGGCGAGUGCUGGACGCGCUGCACGUGCUGAGGAACGAGCUCACCCCGCUGCAGUACGACACGCCACGCGUCCAUCGGCUGUCCGCUCUCAUGAUGUGCGCUGAUGCUGAGGAGCUCCGGUCCAGAGCGCAAUGGCCCGGAGGCACCACCUCCAGGGCAGCUGUCCUCGCCCGUGUCCAGGCUGUGCUUCCACCAGCUUUGAUGAUGGCUCCGGGAAGGCUUCGGUCUCUUCUGGCUCAGGCUGCGGCGUACCAGGCGCAGAGAUGCCGUUUCCACGCUGCGCAACGACCGACCCCUGAACAGAACGGACAUCACAUACCUUUCUCUUUGUUGGCGGAUCAUCAGUGUUCUGCUGAUCAGUUCCCAAUACACCCCUUACAGGUUCUGAAUGAACACUGUGAUGAAGUGUGGUACUGUAAGUGGUCGCCAGACGGAUCCAAACUAGCGUCCGGCUCGAAGGACCACACUGUCAUGAUAUGGGACUUCGACCCUGUGGCCAAGAGACUUUCAUUCAGAAAAUCACUAGAAGGUCACCUGUAUGGUGUGUCGUACCUGUCGUGGAGUCCGGACGGCCGCUACCUCAUCGCCGCCGGGCCAGAAGACUGCCCCGAUCUCUGGAUAUGGAAUAUGGAGACGGAGCAGCUGCACCUGAAGAUGACGCACUCGCAGGAGGACUCGCUGACGGCGGUCGCGUGGCACGCCACCUCCGACAAGUUCGUGUGCGGCGGCGCGCGCGGACAGUUCUACCACUGCACUCUCGAUGGCACGCUGAUAAACAACUGGGACGGCGUCCGCGUGAACGCGCUCGCGUGCCGCGCGGACGGCACCGUGCUCGCCGCCGACACGCACCACCGCGUGCGCGCCUACGACUUCUCCGACCUCACCGACCGCAACCUCAUCCAAGAGGAGCACGCGGUGAUGGCGAUGUCGCUGAACGCGGCCGACACGCUGCUGCUGCUCAACGUGGCCAACCAGGGCGUGCACUUGUGGGACAUACGAGCGCGCGCGCUGGUGCGGCGCUUCCGCGGCCUGUCGCAGGGCCACUUCACCAUCCACGCGUGCUUCGGCGGCGCGCACCAGGACUUCAUCGCCUCGGGCAGCGAGGACAAUAAGGUGUACAUCUGGCAAAUGGAGCGCGAGGAGCCGAUCGCGGUGCUCUCCGGGCACACGCGUUGCGUGAACGCGGUGGCCUGGAACCCCACUCACCUCGACGUGCUGGUCUCCGCCUCCGACGACUACUCACUGCGCCUGUGGGGUCCCAGGGACCCCAGAGUCUAAAUGUCUGAAACUCAUAAAAUCAAACCUCGAAAGAUCAACGAAGACCAAAAUGAAUGUGAACUCUCGUCACUUAAAUACAAACUACCCUCAAGUAAAAAAAUUAUAAGAAAAUUCUAACUCGACCAUUUCGGUUGUUCAUUGUGGCAAUUGAUAGUUUCUUAAAUAUUUAAAUAUAACUUACUCGUAUCAUAUACAUUUAAAUGAUGGCAAAAUUAUUAAUAUAAAAGAGGAGGAAGCUUAUUAUUUGAGUAAGAAUCGAAAUCGAAAUAUCAAUAAUUGAAAUAAAUUGGCAAUAUAUACGAUAAUUGAUUUUUCGCUUCACCAAGUUGUUAGAUUUUGAAUUUGUGAGUUGUUUUAAAUAAUAAGGGUUGUGAAGAUGAGGUUGCAGGUCUCAAUAAUUCUCGAUUAAAAUUAUAUUUCAACAUAUUUAGAAUACACAAUUCACUGAUAAUGUCUCUUAUGACUACGACUAACGAAUUAUUAUCCAAUUGUUGUAUAGUGCAAUAACUUUGGAGGAUAUAAAAAGAAACAAGUUUCUACUAAAAUAUAAAACAACAUUUAUUUUUCUCGGAUGAGUAACUACUGAAUACUAUUUUUGACAGCUUUUGCAGUAGCUGUGUGAUUAUAUGGGAACCUAAUUAAAAUUAAAAUUGUUUUUAAUAUCUAUUAAAUAUCGUCUAUCCUUAUAUAAACAGGUUUAUGUUUAUAUGUAUAGUUAUUCUAUACAACUUCUCAACUUCCUAAUGGACUUCAAUAAAGAAGGAGACUGAAUUCAUUGUGUGGUCCAGUUUAAAUUUGGUCUAGAUCUGUCAAUUUGAAGGAAAUUAAGGUUUUUGUUUAAAAUUGUUAUUUCCAGCCUAAUGUUUAAUUAAAUAUUUUUUUUAAUUUUUCCACACAAUUUCACUCUGAAUCGGAUUUGUCGAAAAUGAAUAAUCCCUCGUUUUAUAUUAACAUUGCUACUGGAAAAGUUGUCUAAAUUUAAAGAAAACUCGGAACAUCAGUCAUAAAGUGUCAUAUUUAUGGAGUAUAUGAUGUUUAAUCCAGCGACGGGUGCGAAGGGUAAGGGAGGGACGCACUGAGUAGGUUAUAUGCUAGCGUAUACACAGAGUCGAUAUAACAAACACGUUAAAGGCUUAAUGGGACACGAUAUGUCCCACUCUCCUUAAGAGGAUUACCUAUAUAAAAAUCAAACGUUUUUCGACCAUAAAUAUAGCUGUAACCGCCGUUGCGUAUUACAUUAUUAAUAGAUUAGCAUAAUUAGAAAUAGGCUACGAUUAUAUUUAGUAAUUUAAAGGUGACGUUGAAAGUAAAAUAGGUAAUUAUUAUAAAGACUGUUUAUUGGGCGCGUUUACAUAAUACUGAGUAGCUUCUGAUUCUGGUCUGUCGUGUGUGUGCUGCUUAUGAUGGGUUUGCUAGAUAUUCCCAUUUUCGAAAACUUCCACGCAAAUCGUGUGGAAAACUAUCGUUUUCUGAAUGGAUAUGUACAAUAGUAAUCUCAAGUACAUCAACAUGCACUGACUUUAAACGAUGAACUGUCUUAAUAUGGCGCCAAUUUCUAUCCACAGACUAUCAAACUGCGUCGAAUGUCACAAGUUUCUAUAUGCCUUGAAUAAAUUUAAGGGUAUGCCUCCUCUAUCCUUUGCUCCGAUCUAUAAUAAUUAUAUAUUUAAGACUUAAAUUAAGACUUAAUUAUAAACAGAGGUAAUUUAGUAGGACGUCGAGAGCGUCACUAUUUUUAUACCGACCAUAGAAUCUCUCAGGAGAUCGUCUUAGUUACUGGAGCGCUACACGUGACUGACGUUAUUCAUUUUAUUCAACAACUAAAUAAUUUCGAACAGGGUUAAAACAAAUCAUGUAGUUUUAUUCGGAUGUUUGCUUAGAAGCGUUGGUCUCGCGAGGAGCAGACUUUAAUUAUAACAAUACAAACCAAAAAAACAAAAUUUUUAAAACAUUGAUUUUUUCAGGAAGAAAAAAUAAAAAUGCAUCAAUAUAUAGCUCAUCUUACAUAAUAAUAUAGUUUUAGAUUUAUUUUAUUUUUAAAACAAGUGCUCCUCGUUGGGUCUUUGCGAGAGUGAUGCUGUAUAAAGUCUAGCUUUCCAGCUUUUAUCUUAACUGUUUGUCAUCGAAAGGUGCCAUUAACUUAAUCCUUUCAAGGUUUGUCCAAAAUGGAGUCCACACAAUUCCAGGGGUACUUAAAAAUAUGAGACAAAACUGUGUGAGUGUUUUUAUUCGCCUAUAAGUCAAUCAUGUUUUAAUUGUCUAUGAAAACUAUUGAGGGAACGUAAUAGUAAUAUUGGAAGCUCUUACAUCGUGUAAGACUUGCGGUAAAGAUCUGCAGUGAUGUGUAUACACCAUUCUAACAUAGCGCUGCACCCUGGAGUUGCUUCCAUACCAAAAAGCAGGCAAUAAUGUAUGUGUGUGUAGAAGUACAAAGAGUGAGUGGUCCUAGAUUACAUAGUUAUAAUAUAAUAACAAUAGCUAUAGAGGUGGUGUGUGCGGGCGUCGGCCCACUUACAAUUGUUAUAAAUAAUAAAUAUUAUAUCAAUAAAUUUUUAUUAAAUUUA